GGCACUUUUUAAAGGUUUAUUUAGUUCUUAAAUGUUUUACAAAGUGGGGACGUCCCCACAAAGUCGCUUUUUUUCAGGAAUUGCUAUCUUUGCGGGGACAUUUUCUCAAAUGAUAUUAAUACACAGACUUUAUGAAGCACAAUGAGUUAGUUCUGUAUAGAGGGGGAUGCAACACGUUUGGCCGGAGCUGUAUAUGCUAUUCUCGGAGGACUUACGAAACCUAAACAUAUAGUUCAAGAGGUCUUAUUAUUCAUCCAAAUAUUAGCAUAUAACUUCUCGUUCAUUAUACCGACACUCCGUUCGCUCUCCUCUCUCGUUAUAUAAUAAUACAUAGUCUAUAAUACAUGCUCGUUAGUCUAUUGAACGCAACACUGUGUUGAUGGUGCUGUUGCUAGCAUGUAAAUUGCAUGGGGUGUAUAAUUAUACACAGAGUAGAGGACAGAUAGGUAACGGGAUGUGAGUUUCGGAUUCAUAGUGGUGCUUUUAUAAUGAAGUGCUUACGCACUGCUGUGCUCAAACCCCCUCAGCUAUCAGUGGGGGAAAGAAGGGAAUGGUGAAAGAGAACACGAAAGCGAGAGUAUUACCAGCUUCCUCAAAUCUACAAAACAGUAAAACCGAGCCUAGUCAUACGAACGUGGCUUUAUUCUUCUAUUCUUCGUUGUGCUGUAGUGCACUAUAUAGUGUGCACAUACAUAGGAUAUUCAGUGCUCAGAAGACGACUUGAAACUCUUUUGUCGGUUCAAGGGCACUGCAGGACGAUCGCAAGGGACGAAAUGAGAGGAACUGAGUGUUUGCUGAGAUUUGAAGGGAUCCUCUUUCUCCUUCUCCGGGUGUACUCUGCGUAUACAGAUGAUUUUAAAGUCGAAGUCCCAGUUGAACCCGUGUCUGCCCGCGUGGGGAGCAGUGUCCUGCUUCCCUGUCGCAUCUCCACAGGCGUCAGCGCCGUGGACAUGGACGUGAGGUGGAUGAGAAACGGGGAUGAAAUCGUGCAUGUCUACGCAACCAGAGCAGACCUGGAGGGCCGGCAGAGCCCACGAUUCAAAGGCAGAACUCACCUGGAUAGAGAACCACUGGGAUCCGGGAACGUGUCUCUACAGCUGAACGAUGUCAGAGUCUCGGACGAAGGAAGCUAUCAGUGUUACGUAGUUUCAAAGAGCUGGUUCGCUGACUCCUGCCUGCUCAAAUCCAAGGUAUCAGGGACUGAUGGGAAUAUACAUGGAAGCGUCAGCGCCGUGGACAUGGACGUGAGGUGGAUGAGAAACGGGGAUGAAAUCGUGCAUGUCUACGCAACCAGAGCAGACCUGGAGGGCCGGCAGAGCCCACGAUUCAAAGGCAGAACUCACCUGGAUAGAGAACCACUGGGAUCCGGGAACGUGUCUCUACAGCUGAACGAUUUAUGUCAAUAUUAUUUUACACUGCCACCCCUACCCCCUCUCUUUCUACCCGCAGCUCUCGGGAGCUCCCCGCGCUUCACUGUGGCUGGCCGGCAGGACAGUUCCAUCACUCUGCAGUGUGACUCGGAGGGCUGGUUUCCUAAGCCGGAGCUGCAGUGGAGGAGUGUGAAGGGUGCUGAUUUAACAGGGAGAGCUGUUCUCACCGAGAAGCCAGGACCGGACGGGCUCUUCACUCUCCAGAGCACUCUGCAGAUAUCGGAACAGGAGGCCGACGAGAUCAUCUGUCUUAUCAGACACGGGGAGGAGAAGAGAGUCCUACAGACUCGAAUCCACAUUGACGGUGAAUUCUUCACACUGGUUGCCCCCUGGUGGAAGGGAUUGUCAGUGUUUUUCAUAGUUUGUCUCGCACUCUUUGUAUUGUGCAUCCUUGUGGCCAUGUCCUACUACAGGAAGAGAGAAGCCACCAAGGAAAUUAAGAGACAGAGUCUUGUAGCAGAGUGCGAUGACCUUCGUAAAGAAAUAAAAUCCAAAGGAUUUGUCCUCAAAUCAGAAUGGAAGGAGAUCCUGGAUGAUUCAGUGGCUGUGACUCUGGACCCUGAUACAGCACAUUGUCGUCUCACUGUGUCUGAAGAUGGGAAACGUGUGAGAAAUGACUUCAAAGACAAGUCUGUCCCCAACACUGAAUGGAGAUUUAUUCACUAUCACUUUGUGCUGGGCAGGGAGGGGUUCACCUCAGGGAGACACUACUGGGAGGUGGAGGUGGGGAAGAGGAACAACUGGAAACUGGGUGUGGCCAGCGAGUCUGCCAAGAGGAAAGGACGUGUUGAUCUGAGUCCCAAGGAAGGUUACUGGGUGCUCCAGUUACUUAAUGGACAUGAUAUCAGUGCCUUGGUCGACCCCGAGAACCCUCUCAAGCUGCUGCCCCCCCUGAAGGUCGGGGUUCAUCUGAAUUAUGAAGAAGGCAAGCUCUCUUUUUACAGGGUGGAGGAUCGUUGUGCUAUUUACACCUUCCUGGGGAAAUUCUCUGGGGAACUCUUCCCUUUAUUUGAUCCAGGAGAGGAAGGGGAAGAACUUGUGAUCCUGAACAAACAAGAUCAAUCAGAUAAUUCAGUUUCACUCAAAAUGGGACCCAGCAAUACCGGGUGUGAUUCUUUUUUGCUUCAGGUUUAACAAAAUUGAGAAAAAUGAACAUGGUCAGAUUAUAUAUAUAUAUAUAUAUAUUAUAUAUAUAUAUAUA